GUGGCGACCACACGUAACGGUAACGCGAACGUCGCUACUCUUAGCCUAAACGUGCUAUUUUGGACGCGAAGACGACGACAGCCUGUGCAUGAGUCGCUUCUGUUUGUUACAUUUAUCUAACACAAGCAAAAGGAAAACACGUCCGAAAACAAAUACUAGAGAGGAAAAAUACACGAACUGCCAACGACCUGAAACAUAAAAUGCAAAAAAAUGAAUAAUGGAUGAACGAUUUAAAUUUUGGCCAAGCGAUUUGCAUUCCGGAAAAAAAAUUGAGCUGCCGAAUGAAAACCAACAUCCAAUCAACGCGGCAUAGAUGCAUAUACUAGUACGUGUAUAUAGUAUCUUAAGCAAACGCAUUCAACUGAAAUUUGUGUGGGAAACACUCGUAUGAAUAAGUAAUAAUAUAGUAAAAUCAAUUUACAUUAAAAGUGGAAGGUAAACAAGGUGGGCCAGUCGUGCGCAAAACAUCCGCACCACACACACACACACACACACACACACACACACACACAUACACUCACUGACAACGAAUAGCGGGAGGGGAGGUGUGGCUAACGUAUGUACUUGGUGGCAGGUAGACAGCGACUAGCAAAUUACAUUACUGUUUGAUAGACGCGCAAAGUGAACCGCAAGCCAAACCAGAAGCCACACACGCGCAGCACCAUACCAUCCCAACCAAUUCGACAUAGACAUCCACACACAUCCAGGUUCCGUCCAUAUGUAGCUGGCGGCAAGGUCUGCAAUUAGGCGGAAGAAGCGGCAUGUAAAACGUGGGGUCGACAUAGCUUCGAGAUUCAUGCAACGCCUGCGUGGCGCGUAGUUAAGGCGGCAUCUCAGGUUACGCGGCUGUCACAGCGCCUGUCAUUUUGAGUGUCAUCCAGUGUCGUCGUCCGUUGUCCAUUAAGCAACAUGCUGCGCAGUUGUGUAUGCCUGCGCAGCGAAAGCACCAAGCGGCGCAGCUCCUCCGUUGAAGACGCCUCCUCAUGUCGGUCGUCGGAAAUCGAGCGUGUGGGGGCCAGCAUGCAAACGACCACAUUGGGACCGAACGGGCAGCCACAACCGGUGGCGGCACAGACAACAACGCGCGCAUCCAGUUUGCUGCAGCUCUUCCAGAGGAAAGGUUGGUGCAAGCACUUCCGCAAGCCACUGCGCGGCAUGAGCGCAUCGAGAGCUGAGAAAACAAUAAGAGCGGCAAUAUUCAUUCAAAAAUGGUAUCGUCAACAUCAGGCACGCCGCGAAAUGCAAAAACGCUGCAAUUGGCAAAUAUUUCAAAACCUCGAGUACGCCAGCGAACAGGACCAGGCUGAGCUGUAUAAAUUCUUCAAUGAUCUCAUUAAGAAUAUGCCCCAAGCUGCUGCCACAGGGAACAAAUAUCACCAAAAUUCCAGAAUCUCAAUUUUAGAAGAAGACGGUGAACUUGUGGAGGAAGCUGGUGAUAUUGUAUCGACCAGAAUAGAAUUGCCAAUUACAAAGAAUGAUAUAGAUCGCUUGAUUGAUGUCUUCCGUAAAAAGAAGGGCAAUCGUCUACAUCCAAAAUAUGUGGCGAUGAUAUUACGCGAGGGAGCGCGAUGCCUGAAACAGAUGCCAAAUAUUGUGAUGGUAUCCACGGCAGUGUCGCAACAAGUCACAGUUUGUGGGGAUCUGCAUGGCAAGCUGGAUGAUUUGCUUGUGGUGCUCUAUAAGAAUGGUCUGCCAUCGACUUCCAAUCCAUAUGUAUUCAAUGGAGACUUUGUGGAUAGAGGCAAGAAGGGCUUAGAGGUUCUUCUGCUUCUACUCUCCCUUUACUUGGCAUUUCCCAAUUCGGUCUUCUUGAAUCGCGGCAAUCACGAAGAUAGUGUAAUGAACGCACGCUAUGGUUUCAGCCGUGAAGUGGAGUCCAAAUAUCCACGCAAUUACAAACAACUACUGUUGCUAAUUGAUGAGGUUUAUCGAUGGCUUCCACUCGGUUCCGUGCUAAAUAGUCGGGUGCUUAUCGUACAUGGCGGUUUCUCAGAUAGCACGAGCUUGGAUCUAAUCAAAAGCAUUGACAGAGGAAAGUAUGUGUCGAUACUACGACCACCAGUAACGGAUGGCGAACCUCUUGACAAGACGGAAUGGCAACAGAUUUUCGACAUCAUGUGGAGUGAUCCUCAGUCCAUGCAGGGCUGCAAGCCGAAUACGUUGCGUGGUGCUGGCGUUUGGUUCGGACCGGAUGUAACGGAAACUUUUCUUAAGCGACACCGUCUCAACUAUGUAAUACGGUCGCAUGAAUGCAAGCCCAAUGGUCACGAGUUUAUGCACGACAAUAAGGUCAUUACGAUAUUUUCGGCCUCCAACUACUAUGCCAUGGGCUCUAAUAAGGGAGCGUAUAUGCGUCUGAACAAUCAGCUAAUGCCCCAUUUUGUGCAAUACAUAUCGGCGGCAUCACAAACAAAACGCCUCUCCUUCAGACAACGCAUGGGCAUUGUGGAGAGUUCGGCACUGAAGGAAUUGGCUGUACGCAUGCGGGACCAUCGCGAUGAAUUGGAAUUGGAGUUCCAGAAGUGUGAUCCCGAUGGCUCAGGUCACAUAACUAUCUCGAAAUGGUGUUGUGUAAUGGAGAGUGUCACUAAAUUGGGACUGCCUUGGCGUUUAUUGCGGGACAAAUUGGCACCCGGCACCGAUAGCCAAAGUGUUAACUAUGUCACAACCUUGGACUUGCUGGACACUGAUGUGAUCAUGGAAGCCGAGGCAGAUGGCACAACAGUGAUGGACGCCUUGUAUGCCAAUAAGAGCAGUCUUGUUACCAUUUUCAAUAUUAUAGAUGCUGAUAAUUCAGGCGAAAUAACGUUGGACGAGUUCGAAACAGCUAUUGAUUUGUUGGUAGCUCACAUGCCCGGUGUUUAUUCGAAGGAGGAGAUGUUGGAAAAAUGUCGCAUGAUGGACCUCAAUGGCGAUGGCAAAGUGGAUCUGAAUGAGUUUCUGGAGGCGUUCCGGUUAAGUGAUUUACAUAGAAAACAGCAACAGGAAGAGGAUAUGCGCCGCCGUUCGACACAUCGAACCAUUCAGAAUCCCUCGGAUAGUGUUACUAAGUUGGCCAAUGCAAUAUCGAAAAAUACUGCGGUCGUUGAACAGGAUAUAGAUCCCACUGACUGCGAGGCAGACGCUGUUGAUCCAAAGUAAUUAUGUAUUCAUUUCCAACUCCUCAACUCGACUCCAAUAUUAGCACCAGCUUUACUAUAGAGGCAUAUUUUUGUGCAGCUCGAACAACAUUUUAUAUUCAAUACUUUUAAGGUUAAAGAUCAAUUUUCCUAAAAUACUAUUGUGUCGCCGUAACAAAUCCAUAUUUAUUAACAUAUAUAUAGCUUUAAGUAUUCCCCUCUCUUUAUCCUAUACACACAAUUAUGUACAUAUUCAUAUACAUAUAUACUGGUUUUGUCCAAAUAAAAUGUUUUAAUUAUUUAUACAAGUAUAACAAGAAAGAUCUCUCAAAAAACACUCGGAUGUUAAUUGGCUUUUUCUUACAACUACCUUCUCAUAAUAAAUAAUUAUCAAUAU